AUGAGAGGACGGAGACAGGGAGGCUCGGAAAAGCUUCCCCAAAGCGGCGCCGGCAGGCUGGGGGCCCGAGCAGCCGGUGAGACCAGGGCGAGUGAGAAGCCCACUGCAGUGUCACUCCGGCCCCCGAAGGCGUGUGCGCCCACACGCCCGCACACACACGCCCGCACACACUCGCCCGGGCACGCGCUUGGGCGGGCACGUCAGCCUCGCUCGGCCGCGCCGAGCGUACACGCCCCACCCCGGCCGCCGCUGCUCGCCCCCGGGCGACGCCCCCCACUCCCCACCCCGCGAAAGCCAUUGGACGCAGGAGUGGCGCGGCUCCCGGGGAGCGCGCGGCUAGGGCGACCCUCCCCGCCGCGCGCCGCAGACGCCGCGCCACGGCGGGAGGGCGCGGGGCGCGCAGCGGACCGCGGUGCCCAGCCCCGGCGGCGGGUCCCCGGGCCCCCGGCAGCGAGCGGCGGCGGGCGCGGGGGCCGGAAAGCCGCGGCGGGCGCGCCGCUACUUACUGGCUGGGCGAGCCUGCGAGGCGGAGGAAGGGCCGCUGCGGCCCCGCCGCGGACCUCUGCCGCGGGGCGACCUCGUCUCGCCGCUCCCACCUUGGGCGCCCCCCACUUCUCACUUCAUGUCUUCACUCUGGUCCCCUCCCGCGCCGGGUUCUCCCGCCUGAGCCCCGAACCCACGUCCCCGCCGCACCCGGGGGAGGCCGGUGCCAGCCAUGAGCCUUUUGUUCUGGGGCCGUUCCGCGUCGGCUGCGAUCUCCCCACCUGGGGAAGCAAGAUUCCCCAGGCGCAGCUUGGUUCCUUCCCCAUCUACCUGCAGACCGGCUGGAGCCGCCGCCCGGAGGCCAGAGAGGGGGCUGAAGGAAGGAGCAGAGGCCCCAGAGGAAAGCAGUUACCAGACCUGGCGACCGGGCAGCUGCCCGGGGACUCGGUUUCUGAGUCCAAGGGCAGCAUCCACAGAAGUCCACUGUGGACUCCAAGAAAGGCUGGCAAGUGCUUUGUCACCGACUCUUCAGGCAGCCCAGGCUGCAGCCCUGAGGUCUCUGCAGACCCGGCUCAGACUGGAGUCCACUUGCCCGAAGAAGCAGCAAAGAAGCGGUCUGUGUGGAGGAAAAACAUCCAAAACAAACGCCGCGCCAAGCGGUGCCCUGUCGCCCGGUGCCGCCGCAACUUCCAUGGCUACGGCCGCGGGCGGGUAAAGUCUGAGGGGAAGAGACCGCCCCGGGUGCCUGCGGCAGGAAAACAAAGCAUCGUGGCGCAAAAGUCUCCCUGCCCUCGAGGCACCGGCCACGACCCCCGGCUGGCGCCGCCGCCGCGUCCUGGGCGCACACGCGGGAAAAGCCGCGCUGCGGGUCUCCCGGGCUCUGCGGCUCACAGGCUGACUGGCCGGAGCGCGGCCAGGCUUUGCCGCACCCGCUCUUUCACGCGCGCCGGGGGAGGGCUGGGGGAGCCCGAGGCCCCAGUCAUCUCUGGCGAGCAAGUUUUCCAGAACUUGGCUGCCCCCUUGACCUCCUCCCCAACGCUGCAGGCCGGGCUGCAGCCGCGAACCCGGAACCCGGGCGCGCUGCCUGCCGCGUGGGGCGCCCCGGGUGCCUGCAAUGACCUGGCCAGCCAGAGCAGAGCGGAAGGCCGAUUCCGGGGUGAGCCGGAGAAUUUGCUGGGACGGCGAGUGGCGGGGGGGUGA